ACGCACGUAUAGAGGGCAACUUCUAUGUUUAAUCUGACGUACAGAAGAAACGCGCAAGGAAUGCCAAGUGUGGUGAGAAAGUAGUUUGCGAGGUAUUAGUGUUUGGAAAAGAAAUCAUGCCGAAAGUACGGCGAAGUAAGAAACCGCCUCCUGAUGGUUGGGAGCUGAUCGAACCUACCCUAGAAGAGUUGGAGCAGAAAAUGCGCGAAGCCGAAACGGAACCUCACGAGGGCAAAAGAAAACAGGAAUCUUUAUGGCCAAUAUUCAAGAUACAUCAUCAAAAAUCGCGUUACAUUUAUGACUUGUUUUAUAGGAGGAAAGCGAUCAGUCGCGAAUUAUAUGACUACUGUUUGAACGAGAACAUAGCAGACAAGAACUUAAUAGCCAAGUGGAAGAAGGUUGGCUAUGAAAAUUUGUGUUGUCUGAGAUGCAUUCAGACCCGAGACACAAAUUUCGGCACAAAUUGCAUCUGCAGGGUACCCAAAGGCAAACUAGAGGAAGGCCGUAUCGUAGAAUGUAUACAUUGCGGUUGUAGAGGAUGUUCAGGCUAAACGAUGAAGAACAGGAUCUUUCUUCAUAUAUACAUAUAUAUAUAUAUAUAUAUAUAUAUAAGGCACUUCAUUUUUUUUAUUGCUGCAAAAUUACAUCAAUAUCUCGAGUUGUCUGUAAUAAAAAUAAGUUUUAUGUGGUUGAUACAUUUCCCUUUUUACUUGAUCAUCAAAUUCCACUUAUUGUACUCUGUAAAUCGGGCGGCAAAGUAAAGCGGCGUUUGUACACGCCAGUCAUAAGUGACACAUUUAUUUUCAGACUCGAUAUUCAUCCGCAACACGUGAGCAUUCUUUCGGAAGGCAGAGAUCGUAAUGUCUGUGCCGAAACGCAUUCUCGGCAAAUGCAUCAGUUUCUUUUCACCAUCCAUGAAGAUCGUGCCUCGAGGUGUUAUCAUGAGAGAAGAUCGUCUUUUCAAAGUGUCGCUGCAACCUCGCGGCUCAUGGACUAACGCGAUACCCUCAUCGUCGUUUCCUUUUUGCGAAACUUCUAAAAACUGUUUACCAUAGGUAAAUUACAGUGCAAAAACGUACAUAAUUUUACAUUGUCUUUUAUAUAAUUACCUUGAAUUCAAUUAUAUAAUUUGCGUCGAAUUGAGGACCGUGUGAGAAUAGUGUGCUUGUAAUAUUCGUAAGUUUCGCCGCUACCUUACCGUUGUUAGUGAUCACGUAGUCUUUAUUAUCGAGCCCCCAACCUGCGAUUGUUUGAAACGAUUUUCACCAUUUUGUUGCAUUAACACCAAAUAAGAUAUUUUGUAUCGAAUAAUGCAAAAUUAAAAGUAUCAAUUCCCGGACAAGCGUCUGAUUCUGGACGUUCUUAUUGUUUUGAUCUUUAAAUACGAAUAUUUAAACUUUUAACGUAGAAUAUAUGUACAUAUUCAAUAUAUAUGUAUAUAUAUUUCUUAUAUCUUUAAAUUUUAAAGAUCAAAACGAUAAGAAUGUGUCCAGGAUGAGGUACAUAUCCAAGCAUUGAUGCUUUUAUCUUAUUUGUAAAUUGUAAAUCAAGUUUGAAGUCUCUAUUUUGUAACUUGUAAAUAUUUUGAAAAAAAAAAACUAUUUUUAAUAUA